AGAAAAAAACUAAAAUAUCCCCCAAUUUUAGCUGGUGCGGCUUACAGUCCGGUGCGGCUUAUAGUCCAGAAUUUACGGUAUUUAUUAGUAGUGUUAUAAAUGAUUAUUUAUCAGCUUCUGAGAUUCUUUUUGGACUGAACUUGGUCAGUUGAAAUGAAGUGAAUGUGUCCAUGUGGUUUGUCAACAGCUCAUGUUGACUCUUAACACAGCCCUGUCACUAAACCUCCAAGUUGUCUCAAGGAAGUCUUUUCUUCCCUGAUCAUAAUAACAUUCAGGAUUAUAUCGGCUGAGAAGAUGCACCAAGGAGGCGUUGCGCAUCGGGGCAGAUCUGUGGUGCUCAUGCUUCCCGGUUAUGGAUUCUCUCCAUUUCCUGAUUUCCACCAUCCCGCUUUGCGCUGCAGCGACGACGGUCCCACCAUGUGGCUCCCCGGCAAGUCGUCGGCGGCUCUGAUCUCUGACCCCCACCACGACGACGACGAGUCUCUCCCUCACCGCAAACACGUGGCCGUGUGCCAGCAGGAGACUUUGACCUUCAUCGAUCUUCAGCCGUCAGUGAAAGCUCAACUCAAUGGAUGCGGCGGCUCUCCUGGCUCCACCUACGCCCAACCCCUCGACUCUUUUCGACACUCGGGUCAACUGAUUGACUGGGCCAAAAGCUACCUGGGCAAGGUGGAUGAACAGCUCACUUCCAAUUCUUGUCCUACCAAGAUCAAAUGGCAAAAUAGUCAUAAGACGUGUUUACUAGAACAUAGUGAUGGAGCUGCAUCAGGGUGUCAUCCCCACCACAUCCCUCUUAGUCUCCCUUUGGCCUUCCCACUGUCCCCACUCUACACAAACAGAGACUCCUGGGACUCCCAGAUACCUUGCUCUCCAUCCCCACCUGAAGGUCCAGAUUUUCACAACUUGGACUCCUACCAAGCGCAGAGGCGAACAUCCCAAGGUUCGCUUAAAGAGAAGUCCAUUCGCCGUAAGAUGCAGGUUUAUUCUCCGGACAGCCUCAGUGACGACUCUCUCAGCAGCCCCGUCCUGGAUGGCGACUUCCUCUUCCCUGUGACCUUCACGUCUUUCCUGGAGGAGGACCUCUGUGGACAAUCCUCGCAAGAUACCAACACCAGCCCUUCGUCCACCGAAGCCACUCCGGACCUGCGUAACCUCAGUCCGGAUGAUAUUCUCCAGGAUUCACUUCCAGGCGUGAGAGAAGAUAGUCAGGACACGGCAAUGGCGGGUAGCAGUGUGCCACGCGGUCGCCAAGCGGACCACGAGCGGCGCCGCUUCUCGGCUUCCGAAUUGAUUUCCAGACUCCAGCUGUCCCAAAAGAAGAAUUCCUUCACCUUGAAGCUGGGAAAGUCACUGUCAGCCCGGGUCGCCUCCAAGGACCGACAGAGUUUGAACCCGGAUUAUAAGUCCAAUGCAAAACCACGGGGCUCCUACAAUGAUAGCGCCCCCCACAGUCCUGUAGGACCUGUACCGCCGCCACUGCCCAGCACUGACAAUGGAAUGCCAACGCAUUGGUGGAGCAGCAAACUUGGAAUGCGAAAGCGAUCCACCGAGGAAGACUUGUGCACGCCGCCCGUUGUGUCUUGCUCCAAUCGCUUAUCAAGGUUCUUGCCGAGUUCCAUCCUGUAUCAAGAAUACAGCGACGUUGCCAUUAAUAGAGAAAUCCAAAGGCAACAAGGCAAGGAGCCGGGCACGGACGAAGACGGCCUCAGAGACGAAGGUUCCGAUGGGACCCCUUCUCCGUCCAGUCUGUCUCCGUCCGGCUCCUUUUGCUCCUCGCGGGGUUCUGCUUUUGCCCUGUGGCAGGACAUCCCGGACGUGCGCUCCAGUGGUCAGCUGGACAACUUCAGCAAUGAGCAGAGAAAAUUACAGGAGGCCAAGUUUGAACUGGUGACAUCCGAGGCGUCGUACAUCCGAAGUUUGAGCAUCGCUGUGGAUCACUUCAUGCUGUCACAGGAACUCUCCGAAUGUCUCGGAGCUCAGGACAAGCAGUGGCUCUUUUCCAAGCUGGCCGAAGUCAAAGAUGUCAGUGAGAGGUUCCUUCAGGACCUGGAGCACAGGUUGGAGGAAGAUAUACUGCGUUUCGACGUGUGUGACAUCGUUCUGGAUCACUGCCCGGCUUUGCGCAGGGUCUACUUACCUUAUGUAACCAACCAGGCUUACCAAGAGCAAACCUAUCAGCGUCUCCUGCAGGAGAAAGCUCGCUUUCCUUCCACUUUGGCCCGUCUGGAGGAGGACAGCGUUUGCCAGAGACUACCUCUGACCUCCUUUCUAAUCCUCCCAUUCCAGAGAAUCACUCGCCUUAAAAUGCUGGUGGAGAACAUCUUAAAGAGGACCACACCAGGCUCCAGAGAUGAGGACACUGCAACAAAGGCAUUCAAUGAGCUCAAAAAGAUCAUUAAGGAGUGCAACUCCAGCGUGCAGUCCAUGAAGAGGAUGGAGGAACUCAUCCACCUCAAUAAGAAAAUUCAGUUUGAGGGCAAGAUCUUUCCUCUGAUUUCUCAGUCUCGCUGGUUGGUGAAGCACGGUGAACUUCUGGAAGUGGACACACAGACUAUGAGUAUUUCUGGAUCCAAACUCAAGCUGCCCACCAAGCCUGUUUAUUUGCACCUCUUCAAUGACUGCCUCCUACUGUCUCGGAGGAAAGACACAUGGAAGUUCUUGGUGUUUGUCCACGCCAAGAUAGGAGAGCUGAAAGUGAAGGAUUUGAGUCAGAAGCUGCACGGCAUCACAGGUUUCAUCUUCCAUCUUCAGUUGUGCGAAGGACAGCAGCUCAAACAUCAGAUUUUGCUCAAAUCAAACUCUGAGAGCGGGAAGCAGCGAUGGAUCGCAGCCAUGUUUCCAUCCGAUCCUCUGGAAGACAUCGAGCAAGCCAGCGAAAACGAUGACAUAUCUCAGGUCCAGUGCAUUAGAAGCUAUCAGGCACAAGAACAUGAUGAGUUAACUCUGGAGAAAGCCGACAUUCUCCAUGCCAAGACCAUCACAAAUGACGGUUGGGUGGAAGGCAUCCGGCUGUCUGACGGGGAACGGGGCUGGUUCCCCAAACCCUACGUGGAGGAAAUCACCAGUCGCAGCGCACGUCUGCGCAACCUUCGAGAAAAUAUUCGCAUCAAAUGUGUCACGCGAAAACUGGAAGGAGAGGACUAGCCACUCAAUCUGGAUUGUCACAUUACAACGUGACAAAGCUUUUCUUUCUUUCUUUACGCUGUCUAAGCUCCGUUGUGGACUUGAACAUUUGAUUUCGAUAAAACGUGUGCACCACUGUCAUCAUUUUUCAACCACUCUUAUUAAUAUUCUAAAGCUCAAUUCACAUCAAACAUUUCUAUCGCCUCUUCCAUGGUUGUUUGUAACUUAAAUUUGUAUUUAUGGUCUUAAGCUGUUAUUUUCUAUGUUAAAAGUUGAUGCAUUUAUCCUAAUUUAUGUGAAUAGGAAUUAUGUUCAGAAUUUACAAUCAUCCAUGUCUAUUAUUUACACAUAUUGAAUGAGACUGACUGGAUGGCUGCCCACUGCUGUAACACAAGGAAAUAAAUUGGAAUGAUUCUAUUUUGAAGAAGUUCAAAUUAAAAAUGCUUUCAAAUCA